ACACCGAAGUAGAAAAACACCUCCAGACCUUUUUCCUUUCAUUAGCUGACAGCUUUUCUUCUGUUACAAAAUUUGGGAACAUUGGAUACGUGGAAAUUUUGAAGGAUGGUUUUGAAAUGUUAAUGUCAUCAGGGAAACGAGAGUGUGUGUGUGAAGACAGGAGUGAUGACUGAAGCCUUGUGCUGGAGAGGCAGGGCACAGACACAUUCACAGCACUGCUGGAAUACCAGUGAUGACAGCAGCCUCGUCAUCCGUAUUAACGUGGACCUACUGUUGCCCAGCAUUGAGAACCUGUGCCAUUAAUGCAGCCCCCUUGGUACUCACAUGUGCAGAAAUUUUUGUUAGGGAAUAAAACCUAAAUGUACUUCCACAUAUUUCACUAGAGGACUGUUAACUAAAUCAUGGCACAUGUUUCAUGAUCCAUGUUUAGAGAGAGAAAAUUACCCUAGGCAGCCUUAUUGUUAAAAUGAGGCUUCUGGGAGGUAAUAUUAUGCUUUUCAUUUGUAUUUAUUGAUUUCUCGCCACAAAUACAUGUUGUUUUCUUAGCUAAAAACCAAAGCAACAAAAACGCUCAUAUAAUCCAGUUCAGAGACUUGGGCUUAUGUUUUGUUUAGUUUUAUAAAUAAAUGUGUAACUUCACUCUGCUUCAAAGUUGUGAUUUGGUGGGAUAUCAAGUGUAAUUUUCUACUUAAGAGUGAAUGCCUUGAUUUAUACUAAGUUUGUGUAACUCUCAGUAAGACAUGAAUGGUGGUGAUCAUUUUUGUCAGUAGAGCUGUCUGGGAGCUGUACCUGUAGGGCACAGGAUGCACUUAGAACUCACGUGGAGAAUGGUGUGUGAAUUCCCUCUGGUGUAGGAAUGAUGAACAGGUUUUCCUGAGCCACCAGAUGGUGAGAGAUUGCAUCUCCGAACCUCGGGCCUCAUAAGUUUCCAGUACUGAUGCUGUCACCUAGGGUUUGGCUGGCUUCCCAUAGUCUUUGGGCCAGUGGUUCGUGUGUUUCAUCUCAGGUCAGCAAAGGAAGCAGUUGUGUUUGACUACAAAGUCUAGUCAAAUCUUAUUUCCUUUUCAGGAGACUAUUUGGUAAUGAUUGAGGAGAAGAACGGAGCCACAUUUGUGCGUGCAUAUGCAAACUGGAGGAGAAAAAGAAGUGAGAGUUCCCGAGUGUGUGUCCGGAUGGUGGGCCACAGUGUGGAGGCGCCACUCAGUGAGGCCUUCAGGGACCAGAUGUCUAUUGUGGAAAUCCCGCUGUCUGAGGUGCCCUUGUGCAUCUCCUGUUGCCCUGUGAAAGGAGACCUCCUUGUUGGCUGCACAGAUCAGUUCGUUUUAUUUACUCUCAAGUAUCAAGUUGUUAGUGAGGAGUUCUCAGUGCUGGACUUUGAACGUUCUCUAGUGAUACACAUAAACAGCAUUACCCCUGUGGAAAUCUCUUUUUGUCUUGGAUAUGUGGCUGUCAUGUCAGACUUAGAAGUCCUAAUCCUAAAACUGGAGUCAGGACCUAAAAAUGCAGAGAGAGUCAACCAUCAUCCACACAGCACCAGCAAUACAGUGAACCAGGCAGAAGGACCCAGUAGUGAAACGUCACAGCUUGAAUCAGAUGAUUUUGUUUUCUGCCAAAAGCCCAUGGAACUGCUGGGUGAGAAAAGCAGACAGUCUGGCAUGUCUAUUACCCUGGAGCCGACGGGGCUGGCUGAGGAGAAAGCGGAGUAUCUGUACAUCCAGCACUUGCUCUAUCGACGCUUCACUCCUGAUAUUUCAUUCUGUGUCUCAUCUGAUGAUGUCAGGUUGCAUUCACUCCAGCUGCUGCCUGUUUACCAAACAGGUUCUCCUUCGUCUGACGGAGAGAAACUGUCUCAGGAAAAAGAGCUGCUGAGUCUCUUCUGUUUUUUCUCAUUGCCUCAUGUCGGCUAUCUCUACAUGGUUGUGAAGUCUGUGGAGUUGAUGUCCGUCUACCAGUAUCCCGAGACGGCCAGGCAGGCCGUCCUCACGCCACAGUUUCUGCACGUCAUCACAAGCAACAACCUGCAGUGCUUCACGGUGCGGUGCAGCGCAGCGGUGGCCCGAGAGGAUGACCCCUACAUGGACACCACCCUGAAGGCUUGCCCGCCUGUGAGUAUGGAUGUCUGUGCUUUAAGAAUACAGCUCUUCAUUGGUUUGAAAGCCAUCUGUCACUUUAAAAACCACAUCAUACUUCUGACCAAGGCAGAUCCUGAGGCCACUGAGGAGAGAAGAGAGUCACCCAAAAGGACUCCUUCUAGGAAAAAUGCCAGUGUUCAGAUGAGGCCUCCUGGAGCCGGGCCUGGGUGGAAUGUCUAUAUCGUGGAUACAGUCCCACCAGUGCAGCUCUACAAGGAAAUGGUGGACUACAGUAACACCUACAAGACUGUGAGGACGCAGAGCUGCAUCCACCUCCUCAGCGAGGCUCACCUGCUUAUCAGAGCCGCCCUCAUGGACACGCAGCAGCUGGAGCCCGGCGAGAGAGCAGAGCUCGUGGAAGCGUUUAAGGAGAGCUGUGGGCACCUUGGGGACUGCUACAGCAGGCUUGCUACCCAGCAUGCCCACCUGGCCCUGCCAUACUACAAGAUGUCCAGUUUGUCCCUGGCUGAAGUCCUGGCCCGUGUGGACUGGGCCGAAGAUGAAUCACAGAAAUAUGAGAGGGGAUUAAUCUUUUAUAUUAAUCACUCGCUUUAUGAAAACCUGGAUGAAGAAUUAAGUGGAGAAUUAGCAGCAAGAGUGGCUGAGAUGUUUCGAGUGGCUGAGCCGAAGCAACUGCCUCAUAUUCUCUGUAGCCCUUCCAUGAAGAACAUUGACCCCUCACUUGCCUGGAGCUGCCUGAGGGGCCUGGACACCUGUGGGUUCUCCUCCGUCUUAGUCACCCUGACCAGGGCAGCAGUGGCUCUGAAACUAGGAGAUCUUGACUUGUACAGAAAGGAGAUGCAAAGCCAUACAGAGAUGCAGUUGGUGUGUGGCUUCAUUCUGGAACCUCGGCUGCUGAUUCAACAGAGGAAGGGGCAGAUUGUCCCUACCCAGUUUGCAGUUCACUUAAAGGAGACCCAGCCUGGACUGCUGGUGGCGUCCGUCCUGGGCUUGCAGAAGAACAACAAAAUUGGAAUUGAAGAAGCAGAUUCUUUCUUUAAGGUGCUCUGUGGUAAGGGUGAAGAUUCGACUCCUCAGCUCCUGGUAGACUUCUGGGAAGCUCAGCUUGUGUCCUGUCUCCCAGAUGUGGUUCUUCAGGAACUCUGCUUCAAGCUCACAUCACAGUACAUCUGGAGAUUAUCUAAGAGGCAGCUUCCUGACACCACACCACUUCGCACAUCAGAGGAUCUGAUAAAUGCCUGUAGUCAUUAUGGUUUAAUCUAUCCAUGGGUUCAUGUCUUAUCACCAGAUUCCUUAGCUGAUAAAAAUUACAGAGAAGACCUUUCAAAAUUACAGUCUCUUAUAUGUGGUCCUUCAUUUGACAUAGCUUCCAUUGUUCCAUUCUUGGAGCCACUCUUGGAAGACAGUACUGCUGGCCUCAGUAUCCACAUUCUAUGUCACACGCGCCUGAAAGAGUAUGAACAGUGCCUGGACACCCUGCUAGACAGGUGUCCGGAGGCUGUCAUCCCCUACGCUAACCACGAACUCAAAGACGAGCACCGGACUCUGUGGUGGAAAAAAUUGCUUCCUGAACUUUUUCAGAGAGUGAAGUGUGGUGGAGAGAAGUUCCAGCUUCAUCUGGCAUCAUUAAAAGAGGCCUUGUCUGUCGUUGCUGUGGAGUUGGAGCUGAGGGAAUUUUUGACUGUUCUCCCAGAAGAUGGCGCAGCAGCAUUUUUCUUGCCAUACCUGCUGUACUGCAGUCGAAAGAAGCCACUGACUUGAAGGUAGCAUUUAAAAAUCACUGGGUGCCAGGGGGGUUUGUAUCAUGUCAGCAUGUACAAGCCUCAGACAUUUUCCGGACACAAACUUUACCAUGGAGUGGUGACUGUUAGUUCCUUAAUGUAUGUCUGGCUCUAUUUAAUGGUCCAGAAAGUAAAAGCUUCAAGAUAAGAAUUCUUCAAAGAAGCCAUACAUUUUUAAAGGGGGGUGGUGACUUUGCUCAGGACAGCCUCAAUUCAGGGCUGUGAAGACAUGACAGUCUUUCCACCCCGAGGAUGCUUGAAGGAAAUGUGUGUCACUCUUAAGUGGCCCAGAAUUUUAUUUGCUCCAAUUCCGAGAUUUCUCUCCUUUUGUUGUUGUUGUUUGUAAUUUUCUUUGAGAAAGAUGUAAAUAUUUUGCCACAGUAAAAGAGUCUGAACUUUUAUUUUCUUGUUACUUUUUUAACUUAGGUUAUUUUUGUGCUCUGAGCCAAAUGAAGGUCAAGUUUACAAAGCUGAGUUUUUGUCUGAUAUGUGUUGAAUGUGUGUAUGUGUGUUUUCAGCAAAACCUGUUUCUGUUUGUUAUUAAUAUUAACAAAUGCUGUUUAUUUUUUUCAGCCAGAGUAUAUGUGAAAAUAAAGAACUAUAUCAUGA